AUGUAUAGUGCCUCUAAAGAGACCGGGAAGAAGACCCCUCGGACUAUUUCGACGCCCAAACUUAAGCACAUGAAGAAGUAUAGGAAAGGAUGUAAAGUUUGAGUUCAGUGAAAAUAAUAAGGAGCCUAAAACUGCUUUGAAGUCUGCUAGAGUCAGAAAGAAGUCUAAAAAUAGGAGGAAGAGCAGCAUGCAGAAAUCCAAUGAGAAGCCUAUAAAUGCUAAAAUUAUGACUCCUUCUGAGACUCAGGAGAGCUAUAUGAAAGCGUACGAUAUCGAAGUAUUUACUCCAAGAAGAUCAGAAUUUUCACAUAUUGAAACUCAAGUAAACGAAAGAGAUCUUGGCUUGGACUCAUUUGCAACUCAGGUUGAAAACAACAAAACUAAAUUUGUUUCCCUAAUAGAAGGAAUUGUUGGAAAUAUGUCAACAGAAUACGAAAAUUUGGUCAAGGAGAAGGAAAAAUACUCAAAAAUUGUCCAAGAUAUAGACCCAAGCAUCUAUAUUACCCAGAUUGAUGAACUUAAGCGUCUGAAUAACAUCCAAGAAGAGCAGAUCGAUACUUUGCACAGUCAUAACAAAUCUCUUAGUGAGAAACUGGAGACAUAUGCCAAAGAAGUUAAGAUUCUAGACCAGAAACUGAUCAUAAAGGACCAAGAACUUUCUAAUUGCGCAAAGACACUUACAGAGAAUCAGACCGAAGCUACUUUUUGAAGGCAGAAUUCUGAGUCACAACUCCCAGAUCCUCAAGAGAGGGAGCAAUUAGAGUUUAAAUACAAACUCGAACUUGAAAGCUUACUUCUUAAGAUAGAUAAACUAGAAGAGCAUGUUAAAAAUCUAAAUUCUGAAGUUGAGAAAUACAAAUCUCUCAACAAAAAGCUUCAGGAAGAAUCUAAUAUUACUAAGAUAAAUUAUACUGAUACAAAAAAAGAGAUGACUAUUGUAAAGAACAACCUUAAGAUUGCCGAGGGAGAGGUAAAUAUUAGCAGAUUUGACCUUGAGAAGUUGAAGAAAGAGCUUGAAAAGUAUAAAUCUGACUGUUGAACAACCCAAAACGAGCUGAAAAAGUCCAAGACGAAUAAUGAACAUUUUCUAAGUACCAUCGAUGAGCUUCGCACAUCUAUUCAUUCUUUGAAAACAAAGAACAAAUCUAAAGAUGAUGAUAUUAGGAGACUUCAGGAUGAAAUUUCAUUCAUGAAGGAUAUCCUCAGUAAAGAAGCCAAAGAGAAAGAAGAGGCACUACAAAAGUCUCUACCAGAAGAUAUUAGGAAAAUAUCAGCCCUUCAGGAAGAAAUACUCAAGUUUAAGGUUAAGCUUUCAGAUUAUGAGAACAAGAUCCAGAAGUUCGACCAAGAUAAUGAAUUUCUCCAAACUUUGCUGCAGAAUAAGGAGGAAGUAACUAAGUUACAGACUAGAUAUACCUAUGUCAUUAAUCUUUUGACCUCGAUGAAGGGUAAAAAUUCUGACCCUAGAGUGAUAGAAUAUGCAGAAAAUAUGAUUAGUGAUGGCAAAUCAUAUUUUAACAAGGAGAAUAAUGAUAGCUUGAUUGAUGAAGAAGAUCUCCAGUUCUUUAACCAACGACUUCCUAGUGUUCCUAAUGAUUAUGAUACAUACAAUCUGAGUAGAACAAAUAGCGAGAUUAUUAGUCUCCAGAAAAAUAGCUCAGAAAGCCCUGUUAGAUUAAGAAGUGAGGCUAACCCUAUCAAAACCGCUGAUAAGCAAAGCAUUAUUGAGCUGAAAAGUCAACUAGGCACUCUUAGGUCUAAUUAUGACGAACUUCAAGAGAAAAUAAAAUCCAAAAAUAGAUAUAUCGCUCAGUUAGAAGAAGCUAAUGAAACUAAGAUAACAUCUCUAAACCAAUCGUAUGGCAAGCCUACCAAAAAUAUAAUAAAGAUCUCUCCUAAUUGAGGUAUUCCUGAAGAAGAGUCUUUCAAUCAUGAUAUGACAUUAGGCACUGACUCUGAUUCCGAUGAUGGAGGGCUAAAGAUCAUAGAGAAAGAAGACAUGGUUCAAUACCUUCAUACUGUAUCAAAAAUUAUUGAGGAUUUGUUCUAAUUUCAAUUAAACUGUCC